UCAUCAUUUUAAAGUGAGCAGAUAUAGCCUCCGAAACCAUGUGCAAAUAUUCCUUCAGGAUGCAAUCAAGGAAAGCAUAAGAAAACACUUCAAUCGACAUUUUUUCUACGGUUUUCUUGCAUGAAUAAGGACCCGCUGUGACCAGUUGAUUGAAAGUGCAGGAUGGCUCUCUAUCAGACUCUGUACAUUCAAGUAAUAUUUAUGCUUCUCCAUGGACUCCUAGUUGGCGUGAGAGUGGAUGCUGACGUGGGUGAUAUCAACACGAGACUUAAUCAUACAUGCUUUUUAAACAUGACAGAACACUUAGCCAAUUGCUCAUAUCGUGAUCUCCCGUCGAUUCCUCAAAACCUUCCCCAUGAUAUACGUUCUCUUAACGUAUCUGACAAUAAAAUAUCUGCGCUCUUGGAUACAUCGUUUACGAACUACUCACUGAUUGAUACUCUAGACUGUAGUUAUAACUCUAUAGACUUCAUCCACAAUAAAACGUUUCAUGGUCUUACGUAUCUUAAGAUAUUGAUGCUCCAACACAACAAAAUAUGGUUCCUCCCUAUUUCCCUCCUGGAGGAAAAUAUUCACAUCUCCUUGCUAAUCCUUCAUCACAAUAGACUUACUGAAAUUUCUCCUGUUUUUAGGCAAACUGUACAUUCUAUAGGGGAAGAUGGCGACGUUGGAUGUAAAAAUUUGUCACGAUUUGAUUUGUCUUUCAAUAGAAUCACAUCAGUAGAGAAGGAAGAUUUCGUAGGUGUUCAGCAUUGUUUCAUUGAUAGCUUUUACUUAAGUGCUAACCGAAUAAAGAGUCUCCCUCGUGGUGUUUUCACAUACCUGCCUGCAGUCAAUUUACUCAUCAAUCACAUAGAAUUACAUGAAUUCAUCACCGCUUCUUUCAUUGGUAAUAAAGCGAUAGUCAAAGCGACUAUAACUAGGUCAGGAAUAAGAUCUAUUAUUCCCAUGAAUAUAUCGACUAUUCCAACUAAUCUUUUGCCAGGUGUGAAUAAGCUUUACCUUCAAUCCAAUAAACUAUUAACUAUCCCAAGUUAUGCCCUGCGAGGGUUUGAACAUCUCCAAAUUCUAGACAUUGGAUCAAAUCAUAUCACUAGUGUGCAUGGGGAUUCCUUCUGUGGCCUUAAGUCGCUGGUUAGUUUGAGGUUAGCUGUGAAUAAAAUAAAAACUCUUCCCCUUAACUCAUUUGCUUGUGCCCAGAAACUUGAACGAAUUGAUUUGUCACAUAACGAAAUUUUUGAAUUAGAUCCUGCGUGGUUUAACGGAAGUCAGCGACUACAAACUCUGAUAGUAUACAAGAGCAACGUAAAAGACAUACAUCCCGUACCGUGGAAUGUAUCUAAUCUUCAAAGUUUAACGUUGAGUAAUAAUAAUGUUCGUUCUAUCAACAGAUAUUCGUUCAUCGGAUUAAGUAGCCUACGAGUUCUUGAUUUAACAAGGAACCGUGAACCACUCGAUAUUGCCAUGGAUGCAUUUGUACAAAAUUAUAAUUUAGAAAGGAUCAUCAUGGAAGAUUUGAUCAAAUUGAAUUUGAAUGGUUGUUUCAGCAAUAUGCAUCGCCUGAAUUUCCUAGAUUUGUCAUAUUCUGCAAGCCGCUUAGAUAUUUCAUCUCGUGACCAAUUUAAAAAUACGUCGGCACUGAGAACUUUGAAUUUGACCAGAACAUACCUCCAAACAGAAGAUUUAGUUCAAUUCAAGGGCCGUGUGCCAUUGUUUUCAGGUCUAGUCUCAUUGAUCAUUCUUAACUUGCAACACAAUCAUUUUAAUGAUUUCCAAUCAGUUCCUAAUGCAUUUACUCCACUUUACAAUCUUCAGGAACUAGAUCUAACAGACUGUCGCAUAGAACGCAUCGAUUCCCGGAUAUUUAGGAAUCUUUCGUCACUGAGAAAGCUCUCAUUGGCCGUGAACGACAUCAAAGAUGUCCCUGAAGAAACUUUUCACGAUUUAACAAAUUUACGUAUCCUCAGGCUAGAAUUUAACGCUGUUGCGGUGAUUGGGAAACAUCUGUUUUCCAGAACAUCGUAUCUCAAAGUAUUAUCCGUCAACAACAAUCAAAUUUCCACGAUAGACCCCUUUACAGUAUUUCCAAUAAAUCUACAAACAUUAGUCAUUGCGAACAAUCCUUUCACAUGUACUUGUCAGCUUGCAUGGUUCCGGGAGUGGAUAGACAAGGUGAAUGUAGAUGUCUAUGAGAAAAAUGACACUCGUUGUUCUAGUACCUCGUUGGGAACGUUGAAUAACCACACUCUUUGGUCGUUUAACCCAAGAGAUUACUGCGGAGUCGAUAUAUAUCUUAUUGUAGGUGUAUCUCUGGCCGUCGUGUCUGUUCUGUCAAUAGGAAUUCUUGUAUAUGUGAAGCGGUGGUGGUUGAACUACAAGAUGUUCCUUUUGAAGUUAGCCAUCGUUGGGUAUCAAGAAUUUAUUGAAGAUCGUACAGCCGAUGACUACGAGUAUCAACUUAACUUGAUGUUUCAGGAAGAUAACGAGGAGUGGGUCAAUGACAGCAUGAAACCGUUCCUGGAAGAGAGGAUGCCACACUUGGAACAUAUCGUCUUCGGGGAUAGAGAUCUACAUCCAGGGUUUUUCUAUCUUGACGCCAUAUGUGACGUCAUCGAAAACAGUCACAAAACGGUCCUUUUGCUUAGCAACCAGUCGGUGAAGGAUCCAUGGUUCAUGACUAAGCUCCGAAUGUCCGUGGAACAUAUGAAUGAUACCAAGUUGGAGAAAGUUAUCCUCAUAUUCUUGGAGGAUAUAGAAAAUGACCACCUCCCGUAUCUUGUCAGGCUUCUGUUGAGUCGAAACAAACCUCACCUGCUUUGGGUGGAUGAUGAUGAAGAUGGACAAGAAUUAUUCUGGGCGAAGUUUCAGAAGAGUUUGAAGGCUAACAGAGAAAUGAAUAAUGUAAUCCCAGUAUAAAUGAUAACAGAUCAUAAUCAACGAAAAUGACUCCUUUAGUUAAGAUCAUCUCUUAUAACUUGCUGUUGUAAUUUUAAUCGUGUGUUGGGAUGUGAGGUAUGUCUGAUGAUUGUGUCGACAAUGAGAGGGGUGUUUUUGCAUUGUUUUUGUUUGAAAAAGAAAAGGUGCAUUUUUUACUUUGCCCCCACUUUCAACUUUGCUCCGCCGCCCUGUUAACAUACCUUGAAAUAAAGACUCGAACUUUUUAUAGUCAUUUAUGAAUACAUAAUCUAUUGAAUGUCAUUAACGUCCACACAAGCAGAAAAAUGUCAAUUUGAAUAAAUAGAAGAAAAUCCAACAAGCCUAACGCUGAAAAUUUUAUCAAAUUGGAUGUAAAAUAAGAAAGUUUUGACAUUUUAAAGUUUCGCAUAUUUUUCACCAAAAAAGUUGUAAUCAUUCACAACUCGGUGACAUGUAAAUGAGAGAGUCAAUGAUGUCCAUCACUAUUUAUUUUAUUAUUCAUUGUAUAAAUUAUGCAAUGCUUCAUUUUUUACUGAUUUAAUAUUAAGGUCCAACUUUACUGAACCAUAAGAUGUUAAAACAAUGGUAAUACCACAUGUUCAGGAAGGAAUAAAUCUUUGUUUCACAUGAAAAUGAGGAGAAAAAUAUUUCAUAUAAUGAAAUUCAUGUGCAUACUGACUAGCAUGUGCAUUUAACUGUUUCGUUAGAUUAACCGAUGUGUUUUUACAUCCAAUUUACAUGAAAUUUCCAGUGUUAUGCUUGUUUUACAUUCCCCUUUUUUAUUCAAAUCACUUUGUCGUUGGGUGGAGUUGUCUUUUAAAUGGGUUUUUCCGACCCCUCACUCACAAAUUAGUGGAGUUUAUUUAUAGACUCUUUCGAUUUGCCAUUUUAUUGUUAGAAAUGGUAUGAUGAGCUCGUAGAUCCGGAUCACUAGGUAUUAAUGUGGACAACCCCCCCCCAACAAAAUACAUUAACGCGCUUCUUUCUCACGAUAACCCAUUUUCACUAUCAUUAAGAAUGUAAUGCGUUUAGAAAAUUCAUUCAUAUAACUAUAAUAAUGGAGAUACAAACACAGAUUAUAUCCGUGUUAUAAUUAUGAAAGUCCUUUUAUUAGUAUCUAUAUCUCAUUAAGUGAUGCAAUGAAAAUGUCUUCAAACUGCUGUAGAAAAAUCAAGAAUAUUCAUGUUUUAGAAAAUUAAUGAAUUACAACAAGAGCUUAUCUAAGUGUCUCUUAUUUCAACGAAACAAAAUAAAUAAACAAACAAAAAAAUCAAGGAAUUCUUUCUGGUAUAGAUUG